GCAGUUGUUGACGCUUUUCUGUACAGUAUACACACAUAAUGCAUUGCCCUGGUCUAGUCCUCCUUCUCAACCUAGUGGUUCUUAGUUCGGCCGAGGAAAGUUGGUCCGGAACGACAGGGACACAUUCUCGAUAUUCCGGUGGGGAAAGUAAGGAAUGGAUGCCGUCAGACGAGGAACCAUUGAGACUCCUGGUGGAAUCUUUGCUUGAGCGGAUGGAAAGACAAGAGAAGAAACUACAGCGGAUGGAGAAGACUAUUCAAGAGAACACAGAAGAUCUGAAGCGGAAAGACAUCCGGGUAAAUAAUCUGGAACGAGAGCUUGACGAAAUGAAAACGCUAUACCGAGCGCAAGUUACAGAGGACAAACAUCGGCAGUACGAUGUUCCAAAGCAGGACAACAAAUCCGAUUUGCCGCAAGAGAAACACAAUAGUACCGAUGACAUUACAACCAGUCAGAAACCACAGGACAAAGUCAUGAGGCCUGUAAGGGUACCGUCCGAGGAAGCAGUUGGUGCCUUCAGCGUUUCCUUGAGUAGGAGUAUGGAUUUACACGCGAAUUUCGUGUUGACUUAUGACGAAGUCAACUUAGACAAGGGAGGUAACUAUAAUAAAGUAGACGGGGUGUACACAGCCCCUAUCAGUGGGGUGUACGUAUUCACUUGGACUUCUACGGGAACCACCACGGAUGACGUGUUUACAGAACUGGUUGUUGACGGAUCAUCGCGAGGCACAAUAUUGGCCGACGGGGACCAGUAUCAUUGGGAUAGUGCCACCGGGUUGAUCGUGACGCCAGUCGCUGCCGGGGACCAUGUUUUUAUCAGAUCUAAACGCGGGGGUCACCUGUAUAGCGAAGAUUAUUACGGCAAGGUUACUUUCUCUGGAUGGCGACUAUCUUAGAUAUGUUAUUUUUUUCAGUGAGGGAAAGGUCUUCUAGUAUGACAGUAACAUAAAACAUAUAUUCAAGACAAACGUUAAUCUUAACAUUUUAUUUACAUAUUGCACUAUAAGCUAACCCUGAGGAAAGUCACUUUUAAUGACGGACUCUUUUCUCUCAGAAAUUAUUACACCGCUGUAAUAGACAAUCAAAAGCGACGUUCCAAACAGUGACGUCAUUGUAUGAGCUGAUAACCUAAUAGACUGGAUUACCUGCUGCGCCGAACUUGGUUUACAACAUUCGUAUUCAUGAGCGAACCCAAUCGGAGAGAAAUGGCACUAAGGCAGGUAACCAGUCUAAUAUAAUUUCUAGCCAAGGAAAUUUCUUGUUACCAUCAAGGUCAAAUUAUGUAAUAAUGUUAUAGGUAUCUUUCAGCAAAAAGAACAUUUUCACUCAGAUAAAUAUUGGGGCGGGAAGGCAUUGUUUAUCAUAUGCAAUUCUGUAAGGAUAUAUUGUAUAGACAUAUAUGAAAUGUAUGAAGGAUUACUGAUGUUCUUUUGUUCAGCUUCCCAAUAAAAGUUUGAUAUCUUGGA